UACAAAGUUGAAAUGGUAGCAAAAGUAGUUGCCCAUGAAUACUCCGUUAUGUUUGAGUGACAUUUCAAAAUUGUAUUAUUAUUUUUGUUUUUUGCAACUUGCUUACAAGUUUUCGGCCAUCAAACACCAGGAAGGCGGUUAGAAGACUCACCACUUGACACUUUUUGGCCAAUAAAUGGUGACGAGCCCGAAGGCGAGCUAUCCGACAGCGACGACAGUUUGCCUCAGGCCGCCGACGCAACCGCUCCUUGGAAAUGAAUCUCAAAACCAUGAACGACUUGAAAUUUGCGGUGGAGUUUGCCCACGACGAGAACCUUUUGAGCCAGGAGAAUGUGUCUCACCUGUCGGAAUUCCUGGCCCUGCUCACCCUGAAGACGGCUGAGGAGCAGACCGACGAAGACUUUCAUAUUCUACACGAGAAACUGAUGCGACUCAAGCUGGAGUCACAUCAACUGGACGCCAAUUUCCACUCACCCAAUUACUACGCCCAAAAGGAGGAGCUAAUCUUCAAGGUCGUGUGCGAAAUUAAGGGUAUUGACCACGACAAGUGGCUGCGAGACGAGCAGGGAUUUGGGGAGCCAACCGCCUCGCUUGGGGAUUACCUCCAGGACGAGUUCGUCUGCGAUUAUGAUGAUGAUGCUUGAGUUCUCUUCAUAGAUUUUGUAAGAGCUUAUAGAGCUUCAAGCAGCCUUUGUUUAUUUUAAUAAGCCUUUUACGCUUUCACUUGAAAUUCAAGUUAAAGGUGAGAAUUAAUAUUAAAGAAAUUAAAAUUGUGCUCAAGGAAA